CAUAAUUACUUGGAAUAACGGAAGCAAUUAACUUCCGGGAAAAACUGGAGUUCACGUGAAAGCAAAUCGCACGUUAAAUUAUAAGGUAACUGUUGUUUAUUUUAUUUGUUAAUGUUAUGUAUGGCUGAGGAGCAAGAACUUAGAAGGUCCAAACAUGACGGAUACUUUACUACAGCAAAUAAGGGACCUGGAAGAAGAAGUCAAAAACUUAAAGACACAACUAAGACAGGAGACUUGUCCCAAGGCUGAAACAGAGGCAGCAGAAUCGGGACCUGGAGGAAAGAAUAUCUGCGGCCAGGAAGGCAAGAGAAAGGGGAAGAAAGCUAGCCAGGCCCGGGAAUUUGAUUUCUCUCUGCAUCCUCGACGCCAUGUGGCCUUGCGGUUGGCCUACCUUGGCUGGGACUACCAAGGCUUUGCUGUGCAGGAGAAUACAGACAACACAGUGGAGGCCAGGCUGUUUGAGGCUCUGCUCAAGACGCGGCUGAUUCAGGACCGCCAGAGCUCCAACUAUCACCGCUGUGGUCGCACCGAUAAGGGAGUCAGUGCUUUCACGCAGGUUAUUACAAUCGACUUGCGCUCCACGCAGAUUUGUGGUGGCAUGGGGGUGAUCCUUCCUGCCCAGUCCAGCAACAAACAGAAGCCCUGCACCGCAGAGCUGCCCUAUGUAAAGAUGCUAAACAGAGUUCUGCCCCCAGACAUCAGAGUGUUGGACUGGGCUGCGGCGGAGACUGGCUUCAGUGCACGCUUCGACUGUCAGUUCAGAACCUACCGGUACUACUUUCCGCGUGGUGAUCUGGACGUGGAGCUCAUGGCCAAAGCGGCGAAACGGUAUGAAGGUACCCAUGACUUUCGCAACCUUUGCAAAAUGGAUGUAGGUAACGGGGUCCUCCAGUUCCAAAGGACCAUCUUGUCAGCCUCAAUCCAGCCGGCUCAGCCCUCUGGAGCAGUAUCCAGUGACCCGCAUGACAUCCUCUUUUUUGAGAUCAAAGGGCUAGCCUUCCUGUAUCACCAGGUACGGUGUAUGAUGGCUGUCCUGCUCCUGAUUGGACAAAAGCUAGAGACGCCUGAAGUGAUCGACCAACUAUUGGAUGUUGAUAGACAUCCCAGGAAACCCCAGUACAGCAUGGCUGUGGACUUCCCGCUGGUGUUGUAUGACUGCCACUUUGAGGGGCUGAACUGGCAAAGGGAUCCUGAUGAAAUGAGCUAUGUUCUCACCACGCUGCAGCAGCAUUGGACCCAGAUGGCUGUAAAGACCCACGUCAUACGGGACAUGAUCCAGGGCCUCCAGAGUUCAGUUCUUACAGCAAAUUCAUCUCCGACCUGGCUUCUCAUGGAAGGAUCCAAGCAGCGCAGUUAUCGCCCCCUUCUGGAGAGACCGUGCUGUGAAAGCUUGGAGUCCAGGAUAGAGCACUUUGUCAAAAGAGGGAGGCUUGAACGUGACAUGGAUGACGAUGGGGAAGAGUUUGUGCACCGGGGUAAAAAGACAAAAUUCCAGGACGUUUCCUCUGGUCAGUCCAACACAGCCAAUAUGUCUGACCUUUGACCUUGCAGAGGGACUGCCUAGGAUGAUGCAAACCACGUUUUGAUAUUGACCUUUUAGUCCUGUUUCCAGAACACAUUUGUCAUUUUUAGUUUUAAUGCAGAAAAUGUGUAUGUUUACCUGCUUUGACUGUGAGAACAAAUUUUUGUGGUGGAACACUACAUGUGAUGUUCCAUUUAAUUAGUACAUAAUAAAUCUGUGGAGUCUGGAAUUGGAUGGCUGAUUACUAUUAGAAAGUCCAUAGGUAUUAAGUGUGGACAGUGUACAUAGUUGCAAUGAAAGGAGGUGAUGGGGGACUUUAGAUUUUAAAAAGAUUACGGAUAGAAAAGCGUUUUUAAAGAACAAAACCUUGUCAAACGUGUAAAAUCUUGCAGGAAAAGUACAAUAACUUGGAUUAGGCAUCUUUAAAUAGGAAAAGUUACACUUGUCACUUUGCAUAACAUGAAAUUGUAUAACUGCUGUGUUGUACUGAAAAGGUCAUGCUUCUAUUUUCACAAAUAUAAGUUAACAUUUACAACA